AUGGGUGCUGUGGUAACUGAUGAGCCUCGUUUGGUCGAAAACGAUGUUCACGUGUGCGUUGCGAAAGCGAGGGCUCGUGAUAAGUCACUCACCUACUCGGAAGCCUUGGCGUACUACGAAUCACUCGGCCAACUCAAAUCCAGUGACAUCCGCGGCUGCAACCUUCACAAAAGGAAUCGGGGCUGUAUGAGUUACCGUUGUCGCACUGCCAAAAUAUUGCACCAACGCAUCUCUCGUCCAAAGCCAAACGACCUCUACGCGAAGAUCGACGUGUGUGCACCGGAAAAUGUCCACAAAAAAGGAGAAUGUGGCGAACCGGCCAUCGCCGAAGUCCUUCUCAGGGUGACUCUUCUCGUCGACCUUGAGAACAAAACGGAAGCCCAUUUCACGUGCGACGAAUUUUUCUUGCCUGGCUUGGGCGCAGCCACCUCAGCCAUACUUCUGCAACAUAAUGAGGAAAGUAAUUUUCCUUUUUUUUAA